AUGUGUUGGGAUAACUUCCAGAAGUUUAUACCCAUUAAGUUUCUCAAGUUUGGGAUGUCAGUGACGGAUACACAUUGCACUGUCCGUUAUGCAUAUAAUGUGAAUGUCCCAGAGGCAUUUGUUGCAACUCUACAGCAGAAGCUUCCAGAAGCAUUGAUUUAUCUUGAUCAGAGAAUUCCUGCCCCACCUGGAAUGUUCCCUUUUGAAUGCCUUGAGGAACUGGACGAUGAUCAACAGAAUGAAAUGAUUGAACUCUUGAUCUCCAGUGAGCAAGAAAACCACUCGGUUUUACUGAACGUUUUUGCGGAGAAGGCUGGACACCCAUUUGUUGAAGACAAUAAUCUAUCAAACCUCGGCAAGCGCGUGAUUCGGUACCAAAAGGUCUUGAAGAUUGCCAGAGCGCUAUGCGACAUGAAACGUUUUUUGGUUUCAUAUGAGCCAGAAGCAACAGAUGAUUUGAUACUGAUAGACGAUAAUGCUUCCAAAAAUGCUGAUGGUUCCACAUCAGCUGGGAACGAAAACGAUGCAAAUGAUGUUGUUCGGGCGAUAAGAGCAAAUCGAAAGCUCUGUGAAAAAGCGAAUACAUUUCAAAAGCAAACAGUUGCAAGUUGGAAUAAAUUUGAAGCCAAUGUCACCAAAAUCUUUCCUUUACUGUACGUUCAUCAACCCACAAAGAGAGCAGCAUUGAAUGGAAUGGCAACGUUUUUGUAG